CCCCAGUCCAGCCCGACCUCCCCCAGCCCCGGUGCCAGCGCUGCUCACCUCGCGGGCCAGGGGAUUGGCCGAGCGGGCUCGGCAUCAGCAGCGCGGAGGGGUCGCUCCCACCUCCCCACCCCAGCCCGCAUCCCGGGGCACCAGGAGAGCGGCUGCAGCAGGGGGAACCUGGAGCCCCAGCCAGCGGGCGCCGCUAGCCAGGCUGCAGCAUCCCCGAGCCGGCGCGCGGCUCCGCAGCUCCCCGCGGGUCUCGGUGCAGCAGGAUCCCCCCGAUGGCCGGCCGCCUGGCGUGCUGGCUGCUGCUCUGGGCGCUGGGGCAGGGGGGCUGCCACACGCUCCCCGCGGAGGAGGAAGGUGCCAGCCGCAAGCCCAGGCCCCCAGCGGCUCCCCUGGCCAUCGCCUCCCCCAGCAGGGACCCCCCGGGGGGCUCUUCGCCCUCCCCGGCGCUGGGCAGCCUCGCUCAGGACGCGGUAGCUGUCCACAUGCUUAAACUCUACGAGAAGUACAGCCGGGAAGGCAGCCGGCCUGGGGACGGCAACACGGUGCGCAGCUUCAAAGCCAGGCUGGAGCUAUUGGACCAGAAGCCCCUGUACUGCUUCAAUCUAACGUCCAUGCAGGACUCAGAGUUGAUCCUCACUGCCACAUUCCACUCUUACUCAGACAAGCGCCCCCGGCACCGGGAAGCGUUCUGCAAGCGCUCCAAGAACUCAUCCUGCCGCCUCCUCCACUUGCCCCAGAUCCCACGGCUCAGCCUCGUUUUCCGAAGCAUUCUCCAGAACUCCGCCUAUGGGCUGGUGAAAGGGAAUGUCACAGUGUUCCUCCACAGGCGGGGGGCUUGGCAGAUGAAGGACAUCUCCCACAUCAUAAAGGAAUCCAAACGGGAUGGUGAGCUCGUCCUUUGUGCGGAGCUUGACUCUGGAGAGAAAUACCAGGGCUUCCCCAAACAGCAAACCAAUCACUUACCAUACAUACUGGUUUAUGCUAAUGACCUGGCCAUAUCAGAACCCAACAGUGUGGCCGUGACUCUACAGCGAUAUGAUCCAUUCCCUUCCAGCGAUGGGGAAACCAGCCUAUCCCCCAAUGCUUCCACAGACACCCGGGUGAGGAGGGACAUAUUUCUUUCCAGCUCUAUCCAGAACAACGAGCUGCCAGAGGUGGAGUAUAACAACAACAAAUACAACAAACAUGACAUAUGGGAAAGUGCCUACAAGUCCCUAAAACCCAAAACCUCACGCAAGGACCGAAGGAGGAAAGGGCAAGAAAACACAGAGCUGCUCUCAAAAUCUCAGAUGCUACAUUUUGAUGAGAAAACCAUGAAGAAAGCCAGACGAAAACAGUGGAACGAGCCCAGGAUUUGCUCUAGAAGAUACAUGAAAGUGGACUUUGCCGACAUUGGCUGGAAUGAAUGGAUCAUAUCUCCCAAGUCAUUCGAUGCAUAUUACUGUGCUGGGGCUUGCGAGUUUCCAAUGCCCAAGAUUGUGCGGCCAUCGAAUCAUGCCACAAUCCAGAGCAUUGUAAAAGCCGUGGGAAUCAUUCCAGGCAUUCCCGAACCCUGCUGCGUUCCUGACAAGAUGAACUCCCUCAGCGUCUUGUUCUUUGACGAGAACAAAAAUGUUGUUUUAAAGGUGUACCCCAAUAUGUCUGUGGAAACCUGUGCCUGCCGAUAAGUCUACGCCAAUGCUCCUUUAAGGAGACCAGCGCCCCCUGCCCAGCUACACUGGGAAAGUUGUGAAUGGGAAAUCAAUUGGCCUGUGCUUAUGAAUGAAUGCAAGUCUACAACUCCAUCCACAGAAAGAAUGAGGAGACUCUAAAGUAAUACACAAGCUCCCCUCGAAAGAUCUCCCUUAUU